GAAAAAGAGAGAGAGAGAGACAGAGCGAGAGAGAGAAUGGAGAUCAGCAGACAUGGUGAAGAUGAAGUGUAUGAGGCAGCACGGUCUGGGUGCGUAGAAUCCUUAAACGCAUUGAUCGAAAAAGACCCACAUAUUCAUAGAAAGCUUGCAUUAGUACUGACCACUAAAACUGAAACACCCUUACAUAUAUCGGCAUUGCUUGGCCACCUUGAGUUUACCAAAACCCUUCUCACUCAUAUUCCAAAACUUGCAGAAGCGUUGAACUCCAGUGGACACACACCUUUGCACUUGGCUUCUGCUGGAAGGCACAAGGAGAUCGUCCAGGCUUUGCUCUUUGCAUAUCCUGACGCGUGCUUGUGUCCUGAUGAGAAGGGAAGAAUCCCUCUUCACUAUGCAGCCAUGAGAGGAGAUGUUGAGGUCCUCAAGGAGUUGACACAUGCAAAUCAUAAGUCCAUUUACGUUAAGGUUGAUAAUAGAUUAAAAGAAACUGUUUUGCACUUGUGUGUUAAAUAUAACCAGUUAGAGUGCUUGAAAUUUCUGGUUCAACUGGUGAGGGACAAUGGUGAGUUCCUCAACUCAAAAGAUGGCUCUGAUGCUGGUAUGACCAUCCUGCAGUCAGCUUGGAUGCGAGGGCAAGUUCAGACCGCACAUUACCUGCUCUCCUUGCCUGAUAUAAGAACAGAAGCGAAUGCUGUAAAUGGGAUGUCUAAGCUCAUGUUAGAUGUCUUAGAGCACAGUAGUUCAGAACUUAAUAAUGAAAAUGAUCACGCCCCUCCUCCAGCUGCUGCUGAAUCAGAACUUAAUAUUGACAAUGAUCACGCCCCUCCUCCUCCUCCUCCAGCUGAUGCUGCUGCUGCCGAACCAUCACCAAAUCCAAAUGUUCGAAUCCUUCAGAGAUUGAUGAAAUGGUUUAAAUAUCCCAACCAAUGGUUGGAAGAGAUGCGUGGCCUUCUGAUGGUUGUGGCAACCGUGAUCUCAACCAUGACUUUCCAAGCUGUAGUUAGCCCACCAGGUGGUGUUUGGCAAGAAAAUAACACAAACUCUUCCAUUGUAUCUAACGAUCAAUCCAUCAUAUUUUGCAGCGAAGACAAUGUAUGUGUAGCUGGAACUGCAGUGUUAGGCUACACCUUUCCAGGUGACUUCCUCGACUUCAUAAAGUUCAAUACCGUCUCGUUCCUUGCUUCUGUGAGCGUCACCCUUAUGCUAGUUAGCGGAUUUCCUCUCCAUAAUCGGAUAUGUAUGUGGCUCUUGUUAAUGGCCAUGUGCGUCGCCCUCACAUGCAUGGCGCUUACCUACCUAAAGGUUCUGUUGUUGGUGGUCCCUUUCGGCGACCUUUUCAAUUCAUCUUUUAAAAUAUACAAAAAAUCCUUUAAGCUUUGGAUUGGGUUGCUGGUGAUGAUCAGUGUGAUGAACACUACUCACUUUCUCAUCUGGGUGGUGGAGAAGUUGCCGCCCGCCUACUCUAGAUCAAAAUCACGUCUCCAGAAUAUCAUCAGUUGUCUCCCCUUUUCACGUAAUGCUUCAAUAAAUUCCAAGGAGAAUGCGCCUGCAGGUGGUUAAGAGGACCAAUUAAUCAGUAUUUGUAUUAUCCGCACCUAUUAGCUUGUGUGAUUUCAUGUGUUGGAGGACUCUCCAUUUUCUCCAUUAUUAAUCCAUCUACUAUGUACCAAGUGCUUCUUGUCUAGUAUUGUGAAAUUUAUGUGGUUAUAAAAUAUGUGCAAUUUUAAGA